UCCACUUACAAUAUAAUUACGCUUCACAAAUACAGACGGAGAGAAGAAGAUGAGAUGAAACAGGAACCGUAGAAGAAGAAGAGAAGAGGCGCUAUCAGUUAGCUUGUCAGGCUACGUCGAGGAGAUUCUGAGAGUUGUCUGUCUUCAUCAUACGGCCUCCCUUUCACCCCCGUAACGGGCGCUGCAGGAUUGUUGGGCGUUCAGCACUCUCCCUGACCUGCCAACAUGCCAGCCGCACUUACAGAUUCCAGUCAGAUAAUCUGUGAGGUCUGGGCGAGCAACGUGGAGGAAGAAAUGAGGAAAAUCCGACAGAUCAUUCAAAGCUACAAUUACAUUGCCAUGGACACAGAGUUCCCAGGAGUCGUCGUCCGACCGAUCGGUGAAUUCCGCAGCACGGUAGACUACCAGUACCAGCUGCUACGAUGUAACGUGGACCUCUUAAAGAUCAUCCAGCUCGGUCUGUCGUUCAUGAACGAGGAGGGAGACUAUCCUCAUGGCACGACAACGUGGCAAUUUAACUUCAAGUUCAACCUCACAGAAGACAUGUACUCACAGGACUCCAUAGACCUCCUCCAAAACUCCGGCCUCCAGUUUAAAAAACACGAAGAAGAGGGAAUCGACACACUCUACUUUGCUGAACUCCUCAUGACGUCCGGCCUGGUGCUGUGUGAAAACGUCAAAUGGCUCUCCUUCCACAGCGGCUACGACUUCGGCUACCUGGUGAAGCUCCUGACAGACGCGCGGCUCCCUGAGGAGGAACAUGAUUUCUUCCAGAUCCUAAACCUGUUCUUUCCUGCAAUCUACGACGUCAAGUACUUGAUGAAGAGCUGCAAGAACCUUAAGGGAGGGCUGCAGGAGGUAGCAGACCAGCUGGAGCUGAAGAGGAUCGGGCGGCAGCAUCAGGCUGGAUCAGACUCACUGCUCACCGGCAUGGCUUUCUUCAGGAUGAAAGAGCUUUUCUUUGAAGACAACAUUGAUGACGCAAAGUAUUGUGGGAGAUUGUAUGGCCUGGGCUCCGGCUCCACCCAACCCCAGAACGGCAUCUCCAGCAUGGGCCAAGAGGAGACGAACAACAAGCACUGACUGAGCGCUCAAAUCUUCAAGUGGAACAUGCACUUGUUUUAAAACCCAACCAGCAGAUUUCUCCUCUGAUGUCCCUCAACACUCGACCCCUGAACGAAGACUAAAUUAAACACCUUUCUUUAAGUUUUCCUCCUGAGUGGCUGUCAAACAGACUCACAGUGAUAGUGGAUUCUUCACUGGCUCGCUCCAUUCUUUUUAGUCCCUUUUACUGAGUUAAAUGGCCACAUGUUCAGACCGCUUUUUUUAACCUGUUGGAUUUUUUGUUUUACAGCAUUCUAGUGACUCCCCUCUUUAACAGCAUGGGACCAGCUCCUGUAUCAUACUGUGAUUUCAGACCAAACUUUGACAAACACCAGUCACAUCCUUCAGUUCAGACUCUCCAUCAGCCGGGACUCGCCACUUGUUGCAGGGAUUUCAUCUUUUAUGUUAAUGUUGGAAGGGCCUGUAAAUUAAAAUGUAUAAUUUUGAUGAAAAUAAAAAUGUUUUAGCUCUUUUCCACUUUCAGAAACUUUUAACAGCGAGCAUCAACAGUGUGUAACUAUGUUUGGUUAUGCAUGCGAUUCAAUCAGCAAAUACUACUGUGGUUCUGUACAUUCACCAACCAAACCAAACUGUCCACCGUCAGGUUUUCAGAUGUUGUGGUUUCUCUUGUUUUUACUUUCGACAUUGUUUUACAGUUGUAUAUUAAAUUGUUUUGUAUUUUGAAUGUAAA